GUUUGUCAAUUCUCAAAAACCCUAAGGUCACAUAGAGUAAAUAAAUUAGGUUAAAUUUUGUUUUCCCGCUCUUUUCAGAUUUGUUCAUUACAACCGCGAGUGCACUUAUAAGAAGAUUUUAAAAGUAAUUUUAUAAAAUUUAAUAACUAGUACUGUGUGCAGCACGUUAUUUGUGAUUAUUUAUUGAAGAUGGAAGAUGAUCCAGUAAAUUCGGGUCAAGAACCAAGGGCUAAACGUCAGAAACAAGACAAAAAAGGCCGUUUUGCCGCUUUGCAGAAACUCAAAGACUUACAAGGAAGGAGAUCUAAGAACAAAUAUGAAGUUAAUGAUGAAAUUGACAAUGUAUAUGAUAUAGUUGAUGAGAAAGAAUACUCAAAAAGAGUUUUGGACAGACAGGAUGAAGAUUGGAUUGUUGAUGAUGAGGGCAUUGGUUACAUUGAAGAUGGCAGAGAAAUUUUUGAUGAUGACUUGGAUGCUGAAUCAAUUGCAGAAGGAUCCUCAAGGAAAGGCAGAGGAGCAAAGAGAAAAAAGAAACAAAUCUCUGAGAAUGCAGGCAGAGGAAAUAUUCAAAAUUUGAUUUCAAACAUGCCUAUUAAGAAAAAGGAAGAAAAACUUGAGGAUGAUGACAUUUUGUCAGAUAUUAUCAAUGAAAUUGAUCAUCCGACAACUUCUACAGUAACUGCAUCUGGUGGUUUAAAGAACAAACCAAAACAACGUUUCUCACUUAUUGCUGAAAAGAAAGCCGCCAAUUUGUACACAAAAAGUUUUGCAAAACCAAAAAUUAUAAAACCUUUAUACAAGGAUGAAACAUCUCCAGUAAAAGUAGUUCCUGUUGAUGAAACUACAAAUAGAGAUAUUGACAUGGAGGAAAUGGAAGAUUCUGAAUCACUUAAUCAACUGGACAGUACUGAUUGUUCAGAUACAAAAAAAUCUGAAACAGAAACAAUUCAAAAGAAAAAAUUAUUAUUUACGAUCAGUGAGAAAAAAGCAGUGGAAUCUAAAGUUGAAGAAGUAUCAGGGAUUGGAGAAGAAUUUGCAGAUAUUGAUUUUGAAGACGAUUUUGAUUUUGAUAACAUAGAUGCGUUAGCGGGAUCUACAUCUGAUAAAAACGUCCCAGAUGUAACAGAAGAACAAUUGUUACAAGGUUUCACAUUUGUAGGCGAUACCAGUACGAAUGAUACCGAUGUUAUGGAUAUGUCUGCAGUUCCGCAAACUUCAGAGGAAGAUGGAAAAAAUGUAUUUAGGUUCUUUUGGUGGGAUGCAUACGAAGACGAACGCAGUCAACCGGGAGUGGUACUCCUAUUCGGGAAAACAUUCUCAGAGGAAGAGAAAAAGUUUGUUAGUUGCAGUGUGGUAGUGAAAAAUAUUCAGAGGAAAGUUUAUUUACUACCACGCCCAUUUUUCCUAGAUAAAAAUGGAAAGGAAACAGAUAAACCUGUAUCAAUAAUGGAUGUAUACCAAGAAUUUAAUGAAGAUGUUGCUAAAUUGUACAACGUGUCUUCAUAUAAGUCCAAGAAAGUGACAAGAAAAUAUGCGUUUGAUUCAAGUGUACCUGAAGACAGUGAAUAUCUUGAAGUUAGAUUCGAGGGCAAGUAUGAUUUUCACGAGCAAAACUACAAAACCUUUUCACGAGUUUUCGGUAUGAACAGUUCAUUCCUAGAGAUAUUUCUUCUCGAGAGAAAAAUCAAAGGCCCGUGUUGGUUGAAUGUUUCUAAUUUCGAAGUUGCUUCUAAUCCGUAUACUCACACCAGCAUGGAAUUAAGGUGUUCUAAACCUUCAGACGUGGCUGUAAUGGAGUCUCUACGACCUGCACCUCCUCCGCCAUUGGUUGUAAUGGCGUUGAACAUCAAAGCAGGAGUCAACCCAAAGACCAACGCUAAUGAAAUUGCUCUAAUAUCAUGUCUGGUUAAUAAUCGAUAUUAUCUAGAAAAACAAGCUCCCAAAAUUCCGUUUCAGGAACACUUUUGUGUGUUAACGAAAUUAUCACAGGGUGUAUUUCCAAAUAAUAUGCACAUUGCUUUAUCGAAAUACAAAGCAACACGCGUACAAAAAAUGGAUUCUGAAAAAGCACUGCUUAAUUAUUUCAUGGCCCAAUUUUCGAAAAUCGAUCCGGACCUGAUUGUCGGACACGAUCUCAAUGGAUAUCAAUUCGCAAUACUCGCCGAUCGACUUCAAUUCCAAAACGCGACCAACUAUAGUCGCCUCUCUCGAAUUAAACGAUCCAACGGGAAAAACUUGUAUGAGCGUCACUUGUUCAGUGGACGAUUGGUGUGCGAUAUUAAAUUAAGCGCCAAGGAAUUGAUUCGCAGUCGCUCAUAUGACCUGGACACUCUAUGUCAAAGUGUUCUGAAAAUACCCGAAGGUCAGCGAAUCGAAAUAGAGCCCGAAAACAUUCCUAUGAUGUAUGAAUCAUCGGUGGAGUUUUUUAAAUUCGUAUCCAUUACAAUGCAAGACACCGCAUAUAUUUUAAAGAUGAUGUUUGAGUUGAAUGUGAUUCCAUUAGCGCUGCAAAUUACUAACAUAGCCGGGAAUGUCAUGUCUCGUACUUUGAUGGGUGGAAGGUCUGAACGCAAUGAAUAUUUACUCUUGCAUGCUUUCCAUGAAAAGGAUUACAUUGUACCAGAAAAGGUAAUCAAGAAGAAAGGUCAGGAAGAGGUCUCUACAUCUAAACGAAAGAAACCAACAUAUUCUGGUGGUUUAGUCUUGGACCCCAAAGUUGGUUUUUAUGAUAAAUUGAUCUUAUUGAUGGAUUUCAACUCAUUGUAUCCAAGUAUUAUCCAGGAAUAUAAUAUUUGUUUCACAACUAUGCAUGAUAUCAAUGAAGCUGACUCUGAAAUAAUGGAAUUGCCAGAUAAAAGUUUGCCUCCUGGUAUUUUACCAACUGAAAUUCGAAAAUUGGUAGAAAGUCGUCGGGAAGUUAAAAAAUUGAUGAAAAAUCCAGAUUUAUCUGCAGAUUUGCAAAUGCAGUAUAACAUACGGCAAAUGGCGUUGAAGUUGACAGCGAAUUCGAUGUACGGUUGUUUGGGUUUCAGUAACUCACGCUUUUUCGCAAAAAAGCUUGCUGCUUUAGUCACACAAAAAGGUCGAGAAAUCCUCACGAUAACACGUGAUAUUGUUCAAAAACUUUCAUAUGAUGUCAUUUACGGCGAUACUGAUAGUAUAAUGAUAAACACAAACAUCCAAGAUUAUGAUCAAGUAUUCAAGAUUGGUAAGAGUAUCAAACAGGAGAUUAACCAAAUGUACAAACAAAUCGAGUUAGAUAUCGAUGGAGUAUUUAAAUAUUUAUUAUUACUUAAGAAAAAGAAAUACGCAGCUGUUUCACUUUCGAAAAAUAAAAAUGGUAAGCUGGUUGAGGUGCAAGAACAUAAAGGUCUUGAUAUUGUACGAAGGGAUUGGUCACAACUAGCAUCGGAGGCCGGUAAAUUUAUUCUCAAUCAAAUUUUAUGCGAUCAGUCUACCGAUGAUCGUAUUGACAAUAUUCUAAAACAUCUAAGGAAAUUGAAGGACGAUUUGGAAGCAAACGCUGUACCUCUAUCAUUACUAGUUAUUACGAAACAACUGACCAAAGAUCCAAAUCAAUAUCCGGAUAAGAAUUCGUUACCGCAUGUUAUAGUGGCAUUGAGGCAUAACAAAAGUAAAGGCAAGAAGUUUAAAGCGGGCGAUACGGUACCUUAUAUUAUCUGCAAGGAUGGUACUACUAGUAGUGCCACCCAAAGAGCUUAUCUUCUUGAUGAUUUGAAAACUAACGCCGAUUUGAAGAUUGAUAUCGACUACUAUUUGGGACAACAAAUUUUUCCAGUUGUUUCACGUAUUUUGGAACCUGUUGAAGGUGUGGAUCCUUCUGAAAUAGGAAAUUGUUUAGGUGUUGAUGUAAAAAAGAUACAAAAACCAGGCACAGCUGCAGGCAGUCAGUUUGUUUUCACUGAAAUCAAGCGAGUGGAAUCGUUAAAGAGAAAUUGCAAACCUUUUAUGUGGAAUUGUCUCGCUUGUAACUACUAUAACUCGGUAGGCGAUGAUAGUGAGAUUGUUUUGGAAUCGUGUGGAAAUCCGGAGUGUGAUGUGCGACCAGUUGAAUAUUUAUCAUAUAUAAUGAACAAACUUGUUUUGGCUUUGAGAGGGUACGAAGCGCAAUAUUACAAGAAUGAGUUCACUUGUGAAGAUCCGUCGUGCACUGUGAAUACAUACAAACUUCCGCAACGUUUUUCCGGCCGGUAUCCGGUGUGCACAAAGUGCAACCAGGCGGUCAUGUUCAAAGUUUAUUCCGAGGAUGACUUGUAUGCCCAGUUAAUUUAUCUACAGAAUAUUUUUGAUUAUACAAAGAAACCAAAACGUGAUGAUCCUAACUUAGAAGCGGCUUACAUCGCGCUAAAGGAAGUCGUUGAUAAGUUUAUAAACGUGUGCGGUUAUGCAACAGUGAAUCUAAGCGAAUUAUUCGGCGCGUUCACUGUGAACAAAGUUGUGAAGGAAGAGAUGCAAAUUGAUGCAACGCACGUUUUUGAUGAUGCUGCAGAAGAUAUUUAAGUUUAUUUCUUUUGUGCAGUUAGUGCUGUAACUAUUUUAUGCGUUUAUUAUUUUAUGCUUAGGUGCGUGAAGCAGAAAAACAACGAUGGCUACCUUGUUGUUCUUUUGUUUCAUUGGGAAGCACUUUUUAUCAUAAACUCGAAUACAUGCGACUUACUUAUUCGAGUUUGCGAUGUUUUACUUAUUUAAUUAUUGUAUCCUCAAAUUAAAUAGUUACAUUUUAAGUAGGUAUAUUAAGUAUAUUCCAAGUGUAUGAAAUAUGUGUCUAAAAAUUAAAUGUUGUGUUAAGUAGA